UGAAAGAAACUUUGCCUCUUAUUGAUCAUCUUCAGUGGCCUUCCUGACAUCCUCCUCACCGCAUCUCAUUCUCCUCACCCCUCCGGGACCCCUGAAUGUUUGUCUGUCACCUGACAGUAGGACUGUGAAAGGGAAAAUCAGGUAGAGAAAGAUUCAAGUUUGUAUUUUUGAAGGUUUAAGAAUGAAUGAUAAAGAAGUUAAAUGAAAGAAUUCAGUCUGGUGUGUUGUUUAAGUUGUUGAAGAAGGAACAUAUUAGGGUAGUUCAGAAAAAAUGCUGACUUCACUUGGCCAUCUUGGCUCCACCAUUUGGACUCUGGAUUUCCUUACUGGUGCUAAUGAUGAUGAUGAUGAUGAUGAUGAUGAUGAUGAUGAUGAUGAUGAUGAUGACACUGUAUUUCUUUACAUCCUCUGAGCUUAACACAUGACCGGAUACAUGAUUCUCAGCUCUGUGUAAUUCUCCCCAAAUCCCUUCCCAUCCUAUGUGGAGGAGGACAGAGAGGGAAGCAACUAGCAAGGAGAAAACUAAGGUUAUGGAAGUCUUUGAGGGCAUUCCCUUGCCAGUAGCAUUUUUUUCUAAAGAGAACCUGCACUUUGCUAGCAAAUUCCAAUUCCAAGACACAGAUAUCCUCCUGCUCUCCUACCCCAAAUCAGGCACACACUGGAUGCAGCAGAUUCUGAGCCUUAUGCUCAACAAGGAGGACUUGCAGAACCAAAAUAACAUUCCUACCUUUAUUCGGGUCCCUUGGAUUGAAAACUUUAUCUUUCAGAAAGAGUGGACCAAAAUACCUGAACCACGCCUUCUCACUACUCACCUCCCUGCCAACUUUUUCAUUAAAAACCUGAAGAACUCCAAGGUUCGAGUAGUGUUUUUGGUACGAAACCCAAAAGAUGUUCUGGUCUCCUUUUAUCAUUUCUACAAUUUCUCGAAGUUUCUGCCAGAUUUCAAUUCCUUUGAUGACUUCUUUCAUCAGUUCAUUGAAGGCAAAGUGAGUUAUGGUUCCUGGUUUAACCACACUAAGAGUUGGCUAGGUGUGUGGCAUGAACUGAAUUCCUUUCUGAUCACCUACGAAGACCUGUCCCAGAAACCUCACCAAGUUAUCCAGAACCUGGCUAACUUCCUGGGACAGAAGCUGGAACCAGAUGAUAUGGAGAACAUCCUACAUUACAGCAGUUUUUCCUCCAUGAGUCAAAAUGACUCCCUCAACUAUUCUUCUUCUAUAGACUUGUUUGACCACAGCAAGGGGAAGUUUUUUAGGAAAGGUGUCACAGGAAACUGGAAGGAACACUUCUCACCAGAGCAGAAUGAUAAAUUUAAUAAUAUCUACCAGGAAAAGUUGGGAGAUCUAACCUUUAAAUUUGACUGGUCUCUGAACUGACCAGGAAAACAAAAACUAGACCCUUUCUCUAAUCCUCAGCUGAUUACUGUAGUGAUGUUUCAUCUCUAUUCCACCUUACUUUACCCCAAUCCCUGCCACAAUCAUGUACCCUUCUAUUCAGUAUGUGGCCAACACUAAGUCAUCCCCUAUUUUCAAACCUUUUGGCAACCUAUCCCUGUGGAGUAUGGAGGAACCUAGGACAAUUUAGACCCACUGAGGAAAGUGGCCAUAAUGACAUCCUUGUAAGUCUGCCUGGGAUUUCUGGCUGGGUCAAUCUCAAUUCAGAGCUACAAGUUUCUGACUGGCUAAAAUUCAGAUAAGAAGAAUUCCUAAAAGCCUCUUGCCUAGUUGGCCAUAAUAAUCCUUGAGCCAUUCCUUAUUUGGAUGACCAGAGAAGCCUUUGCAAUGUCAUGACCAAAUAACCCAGACUUCCCUUCCCCUGUUUCCUGUAAACCCCCAAGUUACUCUAAACAAAUCAACUGUCACUCUUCAAUUGCUUGAAUAAACUAUAAAAUGUAAGACUAAACUCUGAAUAAAUGGAAGUCAUAACCCUCAA